CCUUCGGUGCAGAUCUCAGCUCUCCAGCUGCUGCCUGGGAGCUCCUCCCUGGCAGGACCCAAACAAGAACAGUCUCUGGUUCUUUCCUGCCCUGCAGAGCAGCAAACUCCCAGGACUAAGUGUGGCUCCGCGCCACAUCCUUUGCCCCAUCACAGUAUCCCAGGAGCGGGUACCUUCCCUACCCGCUACCAGGCAGUACCCAAGACCACCGUGCCCAGGAGUUGGAGAACUUCAGAGGAGCGGGCUCCAUCUGGCAGAGUGUGGCAGGUCCCGGGCUGCAGACACCGACCAUGGCCUCAGUCCCCACCGCCGAGAGCUGGACAGACGGGGCGACGGAAGUGGGGACCCAUGCAGAGAACCUGAGCGCUGCGUUGGGAGUCACUGAGUGGCUUGCGCUCCAGGCUGGCAACUUCUCCUCGGCGCUGGGGCUGCAGAUGACAUCCCAGGCACCUUCCCAGGCCCGGGCCAACCUCACGAACCAGUUCGUGCAGCCGUCCUGGCGGAUCGCACUCUGGUCACUGGCUUAUGGUUUGGUGGUGGCUGUGGCAGUCUUUGGAAACCUCAUCGUUAUCUGGAUCAUCCUGGCCCACAAGCGCAUGAGGACCGUCACCAACUAUUUCCUGGUAAACCUGGCUUUCUCCGACGCCUCCAUGGCCGCCUUCAACACCUUGGUCAAUUUCAUCUAUGCUCUUCACAGCGAGUGGUACUUUGGCGCCAACUACUGCCGCUUCCAGAACUUCUUUCCCAUCACCGCGGUGUUUGCCAGUAUCUAUUCUAUGACAGCCAUUGCAGUGGACAGGUACAUGGCCAUUAUCGAUCCCUUGAAACCCAGACUGUCUGCUACGGCCACCAAGAUUGUCAUUGGGAGUAUUUGGAUUUUGGCAUUUCUACUUGCCUUCCCUCAAUGUCUCUAUUCCAAAAUAAAAGUCAUGCCAGGACGUACUCUUUGCUAUGUGCAGUGGCCAGAGGGUCCCAAGCAACAUUUCACGUACCACAUUAUUGUCAUCAUCCUGGUGUACUGUUUCCCAUUGCUGAUUAUGGGUGUCACCUACACCAUAGUUGGAAUUACUCUCUGGGGAGGAGAGAUCCCAGGAGACACCUGUGACAAGUACCAUGAGCAGCUGAAGGCCAAACGCAAGGUGGUAAAAAUGAUGAUUAUUGUCGUGGUGACAUUUGCCAUCUGCUGGCUACCCUAUCACAUUUAUUUCAUUCUCACUGCGAUCUACCAACAGUUAAAUAGGUGGAAAUACAUCCAACAGAUCUACUUGGCUAGCUUCUGGCUAGCAAUGAGCUCAACUAUGUACAACCCCAUCAUCUACUGCUGUUUGAAUAAAAGAUUCCGUGCAGGCUUCAAGAGAGCGUUUCGCUGGUGUCCUUUCAUCCAAGUCUCCAGCUACGACGAACUGGAGCUCAAAACCACCAGGUUUCAUCCCACACGGCAGAGCAGCCUGUAUACCGUGAGCAGGAUGGAAUCGGUGACCGUGCUGUUUGACCCCAAUGACGGGGACCCCGCUAAGUCCAGCCGCAAGAAAAGGGCGGUGCCCAGAGACCCAAGUGCCAAUGGCUGCUCCCGCAGAGAUUCCAAAUCUGCCUCCACCACAUCAAGCUUCAUAAGCUCACCCUAUACCUCUGUGGAUGAAUAUUCCUAAAUUCAGGUCCUGAGGGGAAGGCUGCUGUGAAGCCUAAGUCCCCCAUUCUCCUAACCAUGUCAAGUCCUGUUCUAAGUACUUUGGGGAAGCACAGGGGCAGUUCUUAGGUAGGGAUACUUAAUCUGAGAAAGAGGGAAUAUAAAUGUACAAAAACCACCAACACAUCAGCCAGCACAAAGAAAACUGAGUCUUCAAUUUACUCUUUAAAAACUUUAGGAUCAUAUGUGACAAACACAAAGUGUGAAUCAGAAAAAUGCCCGAAGUGUCCAGUGUCUGCCGUUUAUCAAUUGCAGGGCAGCUUUGUGACACAGCACAGUGGCUCUCCAAGAGUUUAAGGAAGCUUUCACAUCCAGUGCUGAGCAAAGGAAACAAGAGCUAUAUAACACGGAAGUUCUGAACGACUGUGAAAAGGAAAGGGCAAAGGACUGACUUCCCACAGGAGUGACGGGAGGUCAACAUAAACGAAUAGGGAGAUAUGGAAGUCCUUGCUCAAGAGAGUUCAUUCUGUAAAAUGAAAACUUUCAGAAAUUCACUUCAAGACAUUUAGCAGGAAAGGCCAUACGGUCAAAUUAUUGCCCAGAUAUACAUGUCUUUCUCUUGAUUAUUUUUUCCAAGAAAAUAACUUCAAAAGAAAAAAGUCAUCAUUUAAUUUUGAUUACUAAGUGUUUUGAGUGCUAAACUAAGUUGCAGUCAAAUUUAGUACCUUAAAAGACAAAAAAUUCUUAUGAUCCUCUUUAUUUUAUUAUUUGCACAUUUAAAAAAAAGUAAAUUGUAAAACACUAAAAAUACCUCCUAGUGCAGAAGGAAAGACUCAUAUUUACUCUGUAACUAGUUACCUGGAUUUAGGUAACAAUUUAAUAGUACUUAUAAAUUAUCAAGCAAGACACUAGCCCCCAAGCCAGCUGCUCCCCACUGUAGUACAAAGAAAAAGUCACAGUCAAUGCUUUAUUUUGUAUCAUGUUGAUCUCCUCUUGUUCCCUCACUGGAAAAAAAAAAGCCAGGAGGGAAUGUCACAAUAUAUUUAAAAUAUAAGUUGAAUUAUAAAGGGAUAUAUUGAAAAUAUCAACAAACAUAUUGGUUAGUCAGAGAAGAUAUAGACCCAUGAGUCUCUGGCUAGAAAAGGAAUCUGCAUAAUAGUCUGAGGACAUGAACUAAUGACAGAUGAGCAAGAGGACAUCAUCCAUGCUUCCAGGAAGAGACCUCUGCUUUUCUGUGCUUAGGUAAUGGAAAGUCGUUCUAGAAAGAAAUGAGGUAUUGACACCUGUAUCUAUGUCUUUAUGUAUGCAUGUAUAUAUCCCUUUCUCUAGCUUGUCUUAUCAAUGUAUAUUAGUAUUUCUGACAGUCUUCUUUCUUGGUCUUCUUCCCUUAUUAAUUUAUGUUUGGGAGAUAUUAUGAUAUUUCCUUUUUUCCAGUUAUGGGAUAUGUAUAAUUUUUUGUCAUAUGUAGGCACAUUUCUGAGGCCCAGAACAAAAUAGGGAACAUCUGAGCAUGUAGACUGUGUCUUCCAGACUCUAGUCCUUAUAAGUUAUCUCUCCUUAAGUUACUGCAACCAUUUCUCCACGAAAUCAUAAGCCGUCCACAAAUGAGAUGUACCCUCAAACUAGUCUAUCUAAACAUUCAAGUGGGUUGUUAAAACUAUCUGUCUAAAAUCAUUUCCGCUAAUUCUUUUUCCUUGUUAUGCUCUAUCAACAUAAGAACCAAAUACAUUUUUGAAGAGUAAGACAAAAAACAUUUAUUUGAUGGUAAAUCACGAUGGAUUAUCAUGACAUUAGUCUCUGGGCCUCAUCUCUGUUUUGAAGCCCAAACUAAAAAUACCUGAUUGUUAUACAGUUUCAAGUGUCUAAAAUACCAAACCAUAUAUGUUUGUGUUUACUGUAAUAACUCUAAUAAACUAUCAGACAACCAGAUGCAUAUAUGAGUGUGCAGAUAUACACUAUUAAAAAUGAAUGUAACUGCUUCAAGGAUUAAAUUCAACUGAAAUAUAAGUUGGUCAUACAGGCUUGUCACAAAACCACUCAGUGAACUCUUUGAAACUUUGUGUGCAUGUGUCAACCUAGCAUUCAUAUUAAGUAUCUCAUUGUUUGACCAUAGUGUUUAAAAUGUUCAUCCUUAAAACAUGUAAGUGCUGAUCAAGUGUAAAAAUGUCAUGAGAAAACCUGA